UUUUAUUUGAUAGGCCCAAUAGUAAAAGUAAAAUAAAAACGUCCGUGUUCAAUAAGGUCCAUCGUCACCGCCAAAUCUAUCACCGCCAAUUACUCUCUAAUCGGAAAAGAGCCCCGACGACAACGACCACCGUCCCUCCGUCAUGCCGGAGAUAGACGCGUUGUUUGAAUCGAUCAAUGUUCGGGACCUUCUCGCCGGACACGAUCUAAACGAUCCCACAACUCCGUUAUCUGCACCGGAUCUCCGUCUCCUCAUAAACCGCUUAGAGUCUCAUUCUCUGCGGAUCAAGUCCAAAGUUCAGUCUUAUCUCGUCGCUCAUCACUCUGAUUUCUCGGAGCUAUUUUCUCUUUGUCAAGACACCGUCUCGAGGACUCGUCUGAUCUCCGAUGACGUCUCCGAUGUCCUACAAUUGGUUUCUGACCGUCCGAUUGAUGUUGAGAUACGCAGUGUGGUAGAUGAGAUAACGGAAAAGACUAAGGAAGUGAAAUUGAAAAGAGAAUCUCUUGAUUUAGUGAAUGCGAUCGUGGGAAUUUGUGAGGCAUUGCAGGAAACGAAGGAAGCUUUGAAAAAUGGACGUUUCAGAUUCGCCGCUGAGAGAAUCAGAGAACUUAAAGUUGUAUUGAGAAUUGGUGAAGAGGAAGAUGGAGAACCUGUGGCUUACGCUUUACUUAGGAAGGAAUGGUCUAAUUGCUUUGACGAGAUUCAAGAGGUGCUUGCAAAGUUCAUGGAGAAUGCAGUGCGUUUUGAGCUAGACUCGAGUAGAAUCCGGAUUAAGUAUCAGCUAAGCGUUGGUGAGACUGCUGGAAUCGCUCUUAGUACUGUUCUAGAGGCAAUGGAGGUGAUUGGAAUAUUAGACUAUGGGCUUGCGAAAGCAGCUGACUCAAUCUUUAAGCAUGUCAUCACUCCAGCUGUAACUCAUGCAUCUACCUUUGCCGCUGUGGAAGAUUUAUGUAAAUCCGCAGGGGAAGUCACCGAAGCGACACUAAGGCUAGAGCAAUCCUCAGAUCAUAAGUUUGAAGAUGUGGAUGGAGAUGCAAUGUAUUCUGGAAUUCUUAAGGUUGUUAAGUUCAUUUGCAGUUCCUUGUGCUUUGGAAACGUUACAUGGAUCCAUUCUUUUGGGAGGUUGACAUGGCCGAGGAUAUCAGAGUUAAUUAUAUCUAAAUUUCUUUCAAAGGUUGUCCCAGAAGAUGCUUCAAAACUUGCUGACUUUCAGAAAAUUAUCGAGCGGACCUCUCAAUUCGAAGCCGCUCUAAAGGAACUGAAUUUUGUUUCAUCAUCUGACGCAGAGAGUAGGCUCAGCAAAUAUGCUGAAGAUGUGGAGGUUCAUUUUGCAUCUAGAAAGAAGAUAGAAAUCCUAGCAAAAGCAAGAAAUUUGCUGUUGCAGUGUAACUUUACGAUUCCCCAGGAUAUUGCUAUGAGGAAUGCCAAGCACAUCGUCUGCUUACUUUUCUCCUCUGAAAGGUGUGUGGUAUCUGAAGCUGCAUCUCAACUUAUGAAUUUGGUGCAUAAGACGCUCGAGGAUGUCUGUGUUUCUUCUGCAAGGGUUGCUUCAGAGUUCUACAACGCUGCUAGAGAUUCUAUCCUUCUAUAUGAAGCUGUUGUUCCUGUCAAGCUAGAGAAACAACUCGAUGGCCUCAAUGAAGCUGCUGUUCUUCUGCACAACGAUUGUCUAUAUUUGUUCGAAGAGAUACUUGGCCUUGCUUUUGAGUAUCGUGCUAGCUUCCCUAGCUCCAUCAAGGAGUAUGCAGUCUUUGCUGACAUAGCCCCAAGAUUUAAACUGAUGGCCGAAGAAGUUUUGCAAAAACAAGUUCAUCUAGUAAUUUCAAGUCUGCGAGAGGCUAUAGAUAGUGCAGAUGGAUUUCAGAAUACUCAUCAAAUUAAACAGUUUAAAUCUGCAGAAUUUAGCAUUGAUCAGGUUGUCUUUAGUCUAAAGAAUGUGCAUAUGAUAUGGGAGCCAGUCUUACGGCCCAAAACUUACAAGCAAAGCAUGUGCGCAGUUUUGGAGUCUGUAUUUCGCAGAAUAGCUAGAGAUAUUCUUCUUCUAGACGACAUGGCUGCUGACGAAACUUUCGAGCUACAAAAACUGAUUUAUCUCAUGUUGAAGAAUCUAUCUUCUGUACUCGAUUCCGUGAGAUCUGCAGAUGAGACUUCUCGUCCUCUUGAUGAUAUCAUACCAUCUUUGCGCAAAACCCGUAAACUAGCAGAACUAUUGGAUAUGCCUCUCAUGUCUAUAACUUCAGCUUGGGAAAGCGGGGAGUUAUUUAGAUGCAAUUUCACAAGAACAGAGGUACAAGAUUUCAUCAAAGCUAUAUUUACAGAUUCGCCGCUGAGAAAAGAAUGCUUAUGGAGGAUAGACGAGGUUAACCAGUAGAUUGGAAAUGAUAAAACUUAAAAAAAAAACUCAAGACUUGUGAGAAGAAGCAAGUGAAAGCCUAUUUUGGCAAAAGAGCCAUGAGGUAUUUUAAUGUCAGCAGCUUGUAACAUCGACGACGCACUCUUGUGUAAGAAUAUAUAUGUAAAGAGAGUUUUAGCUGAUGAGUUUAAAACUUUAGGUUUAAAAGCGUGUUCCAGAUUUUGUUGUACAUUUGGGCUUUAGAUUCAACAAGUAAAACGCUCUGGGUAACAACAAUUUUCCGGUACAAAUUCUCC